AUGGUCUUGUGCUGCGCAGGGGCCACCAAGGACAUGGGGAAGAUGCUGGGGGGUGAGGAGGAGAAGGACCCCGAUGCGCAGAAGAAGGAGGAAGAGAGGCAGGAGGCUCUGCGCCAGCAGGAGGAGGAGCGGAAAGCCAAGCACGCCCGCAUGGAAGCGGAGCGGGAGAAAGUCCGGCAGCAGAUCCGCGACAAGUGUCUCUGUGCCAGGGUGCGCCCCGUCGCUCCAUGCGUCCUCGUGUCCGCUGCUCACGCUCCCACACCUGUGUCCCCACUGUCCCCAGGGCCACCCAUGGCGCUGAGCCAAGAGCCCCCUACUGUGCUGCCAGGGCCCCUGCUCUGCCCCCUGCAAUAA